AAACAAUUAUUUCAAACACUUGUAAAUACUUUAAUAAACACAGACAUAGAUACAAAAAUAUAAAUUAUAAAAUUACGCGUUAACAAUAUCAAAACGAAACUCAGAAGGGCUUGGUCUGAUAGCUGGACACGUCUGCCGUUGGUGGUGAAACGGAGCCUUUAUAUACUCUGUUGAUUCUGUUUUAAUUGUGUUGUUUUUCGACACGUGGCUGUCCUUGGUCUUGGUCUUCAUAUCCAAGUGAUGUUUCAUCACUUGGUUGCCCUUGGCCUUGAUUGUCUUAUUCGCAUGAUGAUGUUGUUGUGGUUGUUUGAAAUUCGCGCGUGGCGCCCAUUAAGAUUUAUGCAAUAGUACGUUUUUCCUUAUACGACUCAGGAAUAUGCGUAUUAUUAUUUCUCAAUAAUAUAUGCAUAUUACAACCCCCAAACCGUAGACCGGAUGGGAGGAAGCCGCCGGGACCAUGCAGGAUUUGUGGGGGGGACCAUUGGAACAACACAUGCCCUCACCAACCGACGUUUUCGGGAAACGACGGAGGAGACGGGGGGAAUUAGUCCGACCAUCCGCCUCCAAGCAUUUGUCAAAAAAAUCACAACCGAGUUUACGCACAGCACCAUCAUCAAAUUUUGGCAUUAUAAACGGAGAUAUUGUCAACGGACGUCCGACAGGAAAAUCGGGUCUUAAAGGCCCAAUGAUUUCCGAACGACCGUCCUCAAAUAUAUCUUCCGUACACACCUCCACAUCGAUUUCCGACGUUCCGGCGUACCCCCGACAACCACAAGUCGGCGCCGUCCCUCAACUCCCCAACCUACACCACCCCACUCAUACCUACCACUGCACAAGUGAUAGUCAUCCGGUUUCAGGGGAAGCCUUAGGUGUAGGGACAAAGGUCAUAGGGACCGGAACGGUUGACCAUGUCAACAGGGAUGCGGCAGAUCAUACUACGCCCACCCUACCGGAACAUGUGCCUGCCCAAGUGGAACAGUCUCGGAGCACAGAGGCAACCGGCUCGGAGGUACUCGUAAUGGCGGUUCACACCGCCGUGAAAAGUCCCGACGCCGCGGUUGAGAACCAGUUGUCCCGCUCAAAUGAGACACCCACGUCUUCGAACGCUAAUCGAACAUGCCUCGACAAAAUUCCCACCCCAGCAGUGGAACUCGAGUUUACGUCCGGCUUCGUAACAGCGCUCUUAGAUUCCCAGGCACAGAAAUCAUAUGUAAGUCCAAUCAUUGCUCGUAAAUUCGGAACCAUCAUAAAUGGACUAACAUCAUUAGUUCGAAUGGCGGACGGUCACACCACUUCAACCAGUGGGACUGCCGCUUUCGACACAAAAAUCGGCGACCUCAACAUCUCUUUCUCGGCCACCAUUAUGAAUGAUUUGUACUGCGACGUCCUACUAGGACAUGACUUUCUCGUUGGAAACGAGGUCUCCUGGGAUUACGCCGCAUGUACCAUUCACCUCGGCGCGCGGAGGAGAACCACUGCGUGCUGGAAAGGCCGCGCAAACACCCUCCCCACAGCUCCCGACCUAUCAACCCUGGAAAUCUCCGGCGACCCGGAAUCCCGCGCGGAACUUCUUAAAAUUAUUGAAAAGUACGCGGAUGUAUUCAGCGAUAGGAUAGGCCGGACUAAGCUAAUAGAACAUGACAUCAUUUUAAAAAAAAAUACCCCCAUCGCACUCAAACCGUACUCCUACCCGUCCGCUAAACAAGCCAUCAUUGAUGAUAUGAUUAGGGACAUGGAAUCACAGGGACU